AUGCCUCGUCAGUUGUCUGAAGUUGAAAAGGCUCAAAUUGUAUCAAGAAUCGAAGAAGGAUGGUCAAUCCGUGCUGUAGCGCAGUUGUAUAAUAGAAAUAAAAAAACCAUAUUGAAAAUUAAGCAACGCUGGGAACAGGAAGAUUCCCUAAAGAGGAAAAUUGGUUCAGGUCGUCGAAAACUUACCAACCCUGAACAGGAUGCUGCUUUUUUGGGAUAUUUAAGAAAUAAUCCAUUUGCAACUGUAAGGGAUGCUGUAUUGAUACAGCAUUUCCUGCCUCCCAACCGACCGCCAGCAGGAGAUUGUAUGAGAAAAUCUAUUCAGCUGUUUGAAGAAUAUAAGACAGGAUUGGACAAAUGUUUGAUACUAAGUAAAUUUGCGAAACAUCUCAAACAAUCGAGGCACUACUGUCAUCGACAAUGGAGCAUAACAUGA